AUGAUGAUACCUGGAUAUUUCAGAGCAUCAGGUGGUUUUAGCCAGGAGCAGGUCUUUUAUUAUGAAGAUGUAAUCGCUCUAGCAGAUGCAAUUGAGGAAAACCAAGACAAUCUGUUCCAGUCAUUCACCAGGCUGAAAAGUGCCACCCAUCUGGUGAUUCUGCUGAUCGGGCUGUGGCAGAAGCUGAGUGUUGACCAGAUUGCUAUUCUGGAAGCAGCAUUUUUGCCACUACAGGAAGACACACAAGAAUUGGGCUGGGAAGAAACUGUGGAUGCUGCCAUUGCUCACCUAUUGAAGACAUGCCUGUCGAAGAGUUCAAAGGAGCAGGCUUUGAACCUUAGCAGCCAACUGAACAUGCCCAAAGACACGAGUCGACUGAAGAAACACAUCACUCUGCUCUGUGAUAGAUUAGCCAAAGGUGUCCGUCUCUGCUUGAGUACUGAUGCAGCAGCCCCACAGACCAUAGUUAUGCCAGGUAAGAGCUCUGUCUAUGCUCCCUCCCUAAGCACAAUUUUACUUUCUCUAAAUUAAAGGAAUGUGCCUGUGGUUGUAUUUUGAGUUUAAGUUUCAUAUUAAAGUGAUGGUAGCCAAGAAAAUAACUUUCACAUUUCCCCUCUGAUAUCCCAGGGUAAACACUUGAUAAGUAUUCUUGGGGUAUUUGCUUGCUAGACAUGUCUAGAGAGGUAUGUCUUUUUUCUUCUCUCUUCUUUC